AUGUUAAAUCCUGUAGAGAAAUCAAACGAUAUUGAAAUGCAAGAUUAUUCCGGCCAAGCUUCAUCUUCACCACCAAGACCAUUGCCACAAUUGGAAAGCCAAUCAGAAACUAUACCGGUAAAACCGCCGACUUAUCAAGCAGAAUGUGAGUUUUUGUUUGUUUUGACUAAUUUGUUUGUGGAAGAGUUUUGUAUAUUUUUUUGAAAUGCUAUUCUCAUUUUAAGAUAAGAAAAACAAUAAAGGCCUGGAAUCUUCUUCAUCAAGUGUUGAGUGUAUGAUUUCAAACCUUUAGAGUGAUGUUAUCAGAAAUAAUUUGACUGAAUCUAGAAAAUAACUUCAAAAAUCUAGAAAUUCCAAAUCAUUCGUUUCAUCUAUCAUUUUUCAGAUACUUCCAGCGGUUUUGCGGAAACAAUUUUGAAACUUGUCACUGGACUUGUAAUUUUCCUUACAUUUCCAAUCUCCGUGUUUUUCUGUGUGAAAGUGGUUCAAGAAUAUCAACGAGCCGUCAUCUUCCGUCUUGGUAGACUUGUCCCACAAGUGAAAGGCCCUGGAAUCUUCUUCAUCAACCCAUGCAUUGACAAAUUUCUUAACAUUGAUCUUCGUGUUGUCUCCUACAAUGUUCCAUCGCAAGAAAUAUUAUCUAGAGAUUCAGUAACCGUUUCUGUUGAUGCUGUUGUUUAUUACAAAGUGUUCGAUCCAAUUACAUCCGUUGUUGGUGUCGAAGAUGCGAGUAAUUCAACAAGAUUGUUGGCACAAACAACAUUAAGAACAUGUCUCGGAGCACACACAUUAACAGAAAUGUUGUCAGAGCGUGAAAAGAUUUCAGCAGAUAUGAAGCUUGCUUUAGAUGAAGCCACAGUUCCAUGGGGGAUUAAGGUAACCUAGAACUUCUGAGAAUUUUUAUUUUAAAAUUGUGUUUUUUUUUAGGUUGAGAGAGUUGAGUUGCGCGAUGUCAGACUUCCAGCUCAAAUGCAAAGAGCAAUGGCCGCCGAGGCUGAAGCUCAAAGAGAUGCCGGCGCAAAAAUUAUUGCGGCAAAUGGAGAGCUCAAAGCAUCUGCCGCCUUGGCUGAAGCCGCCGAAGUCAUCUCUAAAUCUGAAGGUGCUAUGCAACUUCGAUAUUUGCACACACUCAACGCAAUCAGGUAAGAUUUAUACUAAAUGUUUUCUUUACAUGAAAACCCAUAUGAUUUUCAGUUGCGAAAAAACCUCAACAAUCAUUUUCCCAUUCCCAAUCGAGAUUCUUGGAGGAAUACAAAACAAUAUCACGAAAGUACAUCCAGCUCAAAGCUCAAAGUUUUAA